AUGCCACAGUAUCCCGAGAUUCAAGGGGGAGGCUCACUGAUCGUUGCUUGGCAGGUCAAGAACAAGCAUGUGUUGGUUGUGGGUGGUGGAGAGGUUGCUGCAGGUCGUAUCCUGCUCGCCCUCAAUGCCGACGCCCGAGUAACAGUCGUCUGUCCCGCCACCGGCCUCAACAAGGAGGUUGCCUAUCGCGUCGCCGAGAAACAAGUCACCCAUAUCGAUCGCAACUUUGAACCAAGCGACUUGGAUUCAGCUGAUAUGGUGCUAUGCGCUAUUGAUGACCCAGAGGCUUCGACACAGGUCUGGAAACUAUGCAAGGAGCGUCGAAUCCCGGCGAAUAUUGCGGAUGUUCCGCCCGAGUGUGACUUUUACUUUGGCAGCAUACACCGUGAUGGGCCGCUGCAGGUGAUGGUCAGCACCAAUGGCAAUGGUCCAAAGAUGGCCAAUUUGGUGCGCAAGAGAAUUGCCGAAGCUUUGCCGAGCAAUAUGGGUGCUGCUAUUGAGAAUGUGGGCAAGCUACGGAGGAAACUGCGCGAGGUAGCGCCUAAUACUAAUGAAGGACCCAAGCGGAUGAAAUGGAUGUCGGGGGUCUGUGAAUCAUGGAGCUUGGAUGAUCUGGUUGGAAUGACCGAGCAGGAUAUGGACGGGCUGCUCUCCCAUUACCAGGCAGGCGACAUUCCACCCCUCCUGGAAGUACGAAUGAAAAAUUCUGUAGAGCGGGUUUGA